CUGGGAGAAUUCUUGCGCAUCUUUCAGGCGCUGCUUGAUUCAGGGCCCGAAAAAUGUUUUGAGCUGUCGCCGUCUUAUCCUUUCCACCAACAUGGCGGACCAGAGUGAGAAGAAAGAAAACCCUAUGCGUGAGCUUCGCAUCAGAAAGCUCUGUAUGAAUAUCUGCGUUGGUGAAAGUGGUGAUCGACUUACUCGAGCUGCCAAAGUGCUCGAGCAGUUAACGGGCCAAACACCUGUGUUCUCCAAAGCUCGCUACACUGUGAGAUCUUUUGGCAUCAGGAGAAAUGAAAAGAUUGCUGUUCAUUGUACAGUCCGUGGUGCUAAAGCUGAAGAAAUCCUGGAAAAGGGCCUUAAGGUUCGUGAAUAUGAGCUGAGGAAAAACAACUUCUCCGACACUGGCAACUUUGGCUUUGGUAUUCAGGAGCAUAUUGAUUUGGGUAUCAAGUAUGACCCAAGCAUUGGUAUCUAUGGUUUGGACUUCUAUGUGGUUUUGGGUAGACCAGGCUUCAGCAUUGCUGAUAAAAAGCGUAAACGUGGCCGCAUUGGAGCUAAACACAGGAUCAGCAAGGAGGAGGCCAUGCGCUGGUUUCAGCAGAAGUACGAUGGUAUCAUACUCCCAGGAAAAUAAAUGUGUUUUGAAACUAUCAAUAAAGGAAAAAUCUAAUCAAUAAUUAUUUGUUUUUAGACUAGUGAGCAUCAUUGUAACUUGGAUUGGGCAAAAUGUUAAAUGUCAAAUGUACUACUUGCUUACAUUAUCUAUAUGCUUAAAAUGUACAGAAUAAUUACAUUACCAUGUCCAGUGAUGGGUCAUUUAUCACAUUUUGGUAAGUGCAAGCCUUUAAGGUAUUUCACCUCAACAGCCCUAUAUGCCUUCUCAUGUGCAUGUGUUUAAAUGCCAUCAAUCAGUCCCUCAUCCAAAUGCUCAUUCUUUAAGUAAAAGCCUAAACACUUAAGUCAAUUUUCCAGUUAUGCAUCCUCAACAUAGUCUUGUCAACAUAGAACAUAAAACAGUACAGCACAGGAACAGGCCCUUCAGCCCACAAUGUUGUGCUGAACUAAUUAAACUAGUAAUUAAACACCUAACUAAACUAAUCCCUUCUGCCUACACAAUGUCCAUAUCCCUCUAUUCUCUGCACAUCCAUGUGCCUAUCCAAGAGCCUCUUAAAUGCCUCUAUUGUAUUUGCCUCCACUACCAGCCCUGGCAGCACAGCUGUGAGAGAUUAUCCACUAGGAAUAGGACAUUUUGAGCUUUGUAAAUGUGAUUUCCUGAUUAUGCUCUUGGUGAGGAGGGAGGUGCACCGUGAAUUCAUAAUUGGGAACAUUUUUAAUGUCAAUGGGCAAUUCAGCACAGAAGAACUUUACUUCUCAAGUCCUAUCCUCUCACCAUCUGGAUUCACUAGAUAGCAAAUGAUUGGAACUGACACUGCCACCUCCUGUGCUGAGGUUAGUGCAGUAUCAUACCUUGAUAGCUAUCUUAUUUGAAGGUAAGAUGAACUUUAUUUAAGAAGGUGUGAAGGGGAAAGAAAAUAAGCUUCUGGGAAGAGUUUU